GUGUUAACAGAGGCUGCUUAAAUCUCUCACUUAGCCCCAUUCCCCAUAUGCUUCAGCAAACUGAGGCUGGACAUUAACGAGCAUUUACAGUGCACGACGCGGUGCUGCGCUUUGCUUUGCCGGGAAAGGCUUAACGGGUCGCAUGCAGGCAGCGACAAACCCGGCUCAUUAAAAUCCCGUCUGCAGACCCUCCGCCGGUCACGCGCAUUACUACUACAACUCCUCCUGGUGCUGCCGGGGCUGGCGACGGACCCCAGAGCGCAGAGUGACACGCGCGCGCAAAAGGUGUGGAGGAGAGGGCACCCGCCUGGGACAAUAUGGGACCGAACCAGAGUCGUUAAACGGUUCACAGGCGCACACGAAACGCUGGGGAGAUAACGGCGACAUGAAGAAGACGGGCAAGAUCUGAAGUUUGGAGGAUCCACUGUGAGGAUUAUCGUACAGCCCCACUGUCUGACCGGUGACUAGAGGAACGGAAUCAGAUCGCUUCAGUGUGUCAAAGGGAAUAGGCUGCGUAAUGGCGCGCGGUGACACUCGUCUGUGGACCUGGCAGGUGAUACUGACCAUCUCAAUGGUCACCAUCCCCCUGUGUGCUCACGGGAGGCAUUCACUGACCAGGCACCAUCAUCACCAUAACCAAUCAUCUGUCAGCAAGGAGGCCUUGAACCCCAGGAUGGUGCUUAGUGAUGACUCAGCAGAGAGAGAGCACCUGAUCGGAGCAGAGCUUGAGACCAAACGUCCUCCCAGUUCCACCAAACAUCACCGUUCCCAUAAACAUAUGCACCUGGAUUUCAUGGAGGAGGGCCUGCCUGUGGGGGAGGAGCUCACUGCUGGUGGGGCGGGUCCAGACCAGCCCGGGAACCCCUUGUCUGAUGAUGUCAUCACCGUGGAGUUUCACAGCCAAGCGCCAGAUAUCGUGCCCUCUGAUGUUGGUCUGGAUUGGGCCAAAGCCCCAGAACCACAGAAGCAAAAAGGAGACCAUACUGCAUGGACGAUUUCAGACUUUUAUGUAUACUCUGAUGAUGACCUCUCAGCGCUAGAUACAACGCCAGAACCUGAGCCCACUCCUUUACCCCCAGCUGUAAUGGAGGAUGAGAAUCCUCUCCUUGCUGGUUCUCCUGCAGUUCCUGACAAAAUGAAGCCUAAUGUGGACAGAGAUUCCUCCUUACCUGCUCUUCCAAUCCCAGGGCCAGACAAGAGCGGUGGGCUGAGCUUAGAUGGUGCCAUGGGGACUGACGGCUGCAGGCUGGGCUUUGUGCGUUCUGGACCUGGGGUGUGUGUAUCUCAGUGUGACACUGAACCAAAUUUCUGCCUCAAUGGAGGAGUGUGUACAGUGGUGGCAGGAAUAGGAGCUUUCUGCAGGUGCAAUGUGCAGGACUACAUCUGGAACAAAGGCACCCGUUGUGACUGGGCCAUCACAGAGUUCCAGGUGUUGUGUGUGGUGGUGGCUGUGACCUCCCUAGUGCUCCUCCUCCUCUUCAUGAUCAUUGUAUUUUUUGCCAAGAGGCUGUACCGCCUCAAGAAUGAGAACAAGCGCCUUCGCAAACGCAGCAGUAAGUACCGCCCACAGAGCAGUGAGCCGCAGACGGAUGGUCUUUCGGUUUCCACAACAGCUGACGGCUCACAGCCAAAUGUAAGGAAACUGAGUGACACCCCUCCACCCGCUUCCCAAGCUCACACUCACAACCUGGCGUACUAUGACAACAUUAUCUGUCAGGAUGAGCCUCAGAAGCAGGAGGACCCUGCCAAGUCCCCACAACCUAAAGAAGAGGGGUCUAUGAACAUUCUCAACUCUCAUUCCCCCAAGCAUGAGAAUAACCGUCCAGCCUCUGUUGUCCAUGACCACGGUCACACCCCCAACAACACAGAGGAAAAUACUGAGGAUGGGGCCACUAUUGGCCUAGAAGUGCUUCUUCCUAAAGAGGCCAAGCUCCACUCAGAGACCAGCCCAUCUCUUCAGUAUGAUGUCUUCCUCUACAAGGUUGCCAAGAAUGGAAACUCUUACUCCACUUCUCAUCUUAUUCCCAAAUCACCAAAAUCACCCAAAACACCUAAAACACCCAAGUCACCCAAAAGGCCUAAGUCACCAAAAUCACAAAAACACACCAAGGAGCACUCACCCAGCUGCCACGAACCCUUAUCUGGAUGGUACUCCUCACCUGUUUGUCACUGGUCACCCAGAUGCCACCCAUCACCCAGUCGACACUCUGCACCUGGAUGCUAUUCUUCCCUCACCCAACAUUCUUCUUCCCACCACUUUCCUUCUCACAUGCCCACCUCUACCCCACCUCAGCUAUGCCAGACUCAAGCUCCUGACUCAGAGAGCUCGGGAACUGGGAGAAGGUACAAGAGAGGGCACAUUCAUCCGUCCCCAUCCUCACCUCAUCUUACCCAGCCUCCCCCAUCACCAUCCAGCGUGAAGUACACCCCGGUCAGCACCCGAUCCCUCCCGCUACUCUCCUGACAAGGUCUCCACACAGCCUGGCCCAGCAUCCUUGCAUUCAAACAUACAAAGAUUAGUCAUUUUCUGAUCUAUUCAGUGAUCUGUCCUCCAUGGCUCUAACAAUUACAUUAGUGAUUCACAGAUCUUAUAUCCAUCCAUCAUCUAUCUUUGCAUUCCCCACAUUUAUACGAAGAGUUUAAGCAGUCUGCAUACACCACACUCAUUCAAACACACACAAAUCACUGUAUAGUUGCUGAAGCAGACAUUCACACCUUCAUGUAAAAAGCAACCUCACAAAGCUCAGGUGACUUCUCAUGAACCACAACAUGUGAACAUGGUCUCUUAAUACGGUGUCAGCAACAGAGACUGUGGAUGGUAAUGUUUUUAAAAGUUGCAUGCAGUAGUUUCAGUGUUAUCUGUGGUUUUUGAUAUUCAGUGUGUAUGAAUAUUUCAUGUUUUCAUGGGUAUUUUAGUAAUUGUUUUUCAUGU